AUGAACGGCGGCAGCGGCCGACCGAGCUUCCAGGCCUGCGGCGGAGAAAGGAGGAUGGAUAUAGUCAGCGGAAGAGGCCACUACAACAAUGAAAACAACGGCAGCCUGACGUACGCGACGAGCCGCCCUUGGACGCCCGAUCCGCCGCCGUUCCGGCUGGAAUCGGCUCCUCCGGCAGCGGCGAAGCCUUGGGGAUUCGGCGACCCGAAUAUGAAGCGGCGGAAGAGGAUAGCGAAGUACAAGGUGUACACGGUCGAAGGUAGGGUGAAGGCCUCCAUUAGAAACGGGCUUCGUUGGAUCAAAAACAAAUGCUCCGAGAUUAUCCAUGGCUAUUAA